UUAUAACUUUCCCGCCGAACUGAUAACUCGUUUCUGUUUUCUAUUUUGUAAUGGAGAAAAUCAAAUCGUGAAAUCGCUUUUUUUAUUUUUUAUUUUUAUAAAAUACUUAAUUAUGAGGAAAUCAAACGCUCCGUCGAAACGAGGCGGUUUCGUUUCACCUAUCAUCACAUCAUCAAACAUUUCGUCGAUCAAUCAGCUAGGUAAUAAUGCACUUAAGGAACGGCAAACAUCAAUCUUGGAUAAAAAAUCAAAUCCAGGAGUUAUUCACAAACAAGACCAGAAACCAAAUUUAGAUUCGACAAAAUGCUCAGUUAAAACAAGAUAUUUUACUGUUGUUUAUGGUAAGCCCACAAAGAAAAAGCACAAAACAUGGGAAGGCGAUGGGACGUUAAAAGUUGAAGAGAAAUCCGCUAUUCUGAAAGAUGAUUCAGGGGUAGUAAUCGGUCAGUCGUCAAAACUAUCAAAUCCUGUUUUUACUGACGGAUCUCAACUUUUCAUCGGUGGAAAGGAAAUAGAGAUUGUCUGUGAGAUAUUAACAGACGGUCAAAAUAUUCCAAGUAAUAAAAGAACCUUGGAUGAGAAUGUAGAGGAAGAGGCAAAAGAAGAAUUCAGUUCAAAGAAAAAAAAGUUAUUGGAUUCACCCUUGUCAAGAUCUUUUAGCUUACCAAAAGAUAUAGUUCCUUUAAGUAAUGGUUUUACUCCUUUAGUAAUGCCAAGGCCUGAUGAUCAACACCAAUGGCACUACAAUCCCGGCCAUCUUGCUGUGACUGAUGUCAGUGUAGAUCCUUUUCUCUGUAGAGUCUUAAGACCUCAUCAAAGAGAGGGCGUGGAAUUUCUUUAUAGAUGCGUCAUGGGAAUCAGGUCGCCUGGUUGGACUGGGGCAAUACUUGCUGAUGAAAUGGGUCUUGGAAAAACAAUCCAAUGUAUAACACUUAUUUGGACACUUUUAAAACAAGGUCCAUAUGGGAAAGUACCAGUGGUACAAAAAGUCCUAAUUGUAGUGCCAAGUAGUUUGAUCGAAAACUGGAAUAAUGAAUUUAUCCGUUGGCUUGGUUCACAUAGAAUAAAACUUUUUCUCGUUAACAAGAAGCGUAAACCCAAGGAUUUUAAAAGCUACCAUCAAAUCCCAGUGAUGAUUAUUUCAUAUGAAAUGUUCUUGCGUUGUUUCGACGAGAUUAAAGACAUUAAGUUCGAUCUGAUGAUUUGUGAUGAAGGACACAGAUUAAAAAACAGCAAUAUACGGACAAAUAAUGUGUUAAACGAAAUGAAUUGCAAACGGAGAAUCCUCCUCACAGGAACACCAGUUCAAAACGAUUUACAAGAAUUCUUCUCUCUUGUAGAUUUUGUAAACCCUGGCAUACUUGGUACUCUUUUAGAAUUUAAAACAAAUUUUGAAUCGUGUAUAAUGGCUUCAAGGGAGCCAAAUGCUCCAAAAGAGUUGGUCGAUGAUGGAGAAAAAAAGGCCGAUGAGUUAAAUAGGGCAACAAAUAGCUUUAUAUUAAGAAGGACACAGUCAAUAAUAGGAAAAUUCCUUCCUAAAAAACACGAAUAUGUUGUAUUCUGUGAGCCGUCUAAUCUGCAGAAAUGCAUGUACACGAUGGCAACUGAUUAUUGGAAUGAAAGAGAAACCGGGGCAGAACAGAUUUCUCAUUUGGCUGUAAUUUCAGCAUUGAAGAAAAUUUGCAACCAUCCAACAUUAAUAUUUAAAUCAAAUAAUGAAAACGAAGAGGAAAAUGUCAUAAAUUGUUUGCUAAAAACAUUGGAUGGAUAUACUUUUAGAAUAGAAGAUUCUGCUAAGCUUAAAGUCACAGCCCAAUUAUUAGAAAACUUAAAAGGCUCGAAGGAAAAAAUAGUAAUCGUUUCCAAUUUCACACAGACACUUGAUCUUCUUGAAAAAGUAUGCAACGUGAAAGAAUAUAAAUUUUUAAAAUUCGACGGAUCGACGGUUUCUUCAAAACGCAAUGAUAUUGUCAACACGUUCAAUUCAGUCAAUUCUGAUGUCUAUGUUCUAUUACUAAGUAGCAAAGCAGGUGGCGUCGGUUUGAAUCUUAUAGGAGGUUCUCGGUUGAUCCUCUAUGAUUCCGACUGGAACCCGGCUACCGAUCUGCAGGCCAUGGCUAGGAUAUGGAGAGACGGACAAAAAAAGACCGUUCAUAUUUACAGGCUUUUAACUUCGGGAACACUCGAGGAAAAAAUAUUUCAGCGUCAAUUAACCAAAGCAGGCUUGAGCGAGGCUGUUGUUGAUUCCACGAGUAAUUCUGCUUCGAUAAAACUUUCAAAAGAAGAGAUAAAAGAUUUGUUUACGUUUACUGGAAAAGAUAAGUGCUUAACGCAUUCCAUGUUGAACUGCGAUUGCUCCGGUGAUGGCGUGAUUCCGGAAGACGGUUUAAAAGAAGAAAUUGAAAAUGACGAUUCGCAAUUGUUGUCGAACAAGUCAAGUCAAUCUAGCUUAAGAAUGAACCAGCUGUUACAAUGGGAGCAUCAUGAUGUGCCCAUUGAUCCAGAAAUAAUCGACGGUAUGAAGCUCAAUAAAUCAGAAUUCUACAUAAACUUCAUCUUCAGAAACACUACACAAUGUAACUAAACAUGAUUUUAAAUAAUUUAUUGACUGCUUUCAUUAAAUUUUUUCUUUUUGUCAAAAUAUGUUAAUUUAUUUUUGUUAUUGUUGUAAUUUUACCAUUGC